AUCCAAGCUCAAAAUGAUAUGGGAUUCAAACCGGAACAACAUGCCUUGAAAUUUCUCUUUUUACAGAAACAUGAUCAACUUAAGAAGCCAGGUGACAUAUCAGAUGUACAAUAAGUCUCUAUAACCUUUCUCCGGUUUCUAAAUACUAAAUUUAACCGAGGGAAUUACAUGUCAAGAUGAUGCGAUUUUUGUCGCGGAGAUUUUCACGGCGGUAUCGUCGACACGACAACUCUGCCGCAGCUGGUGGGGGGCAUGGACAUGGCGGACGGGGGACCGAAGUGCAUGUCCCGGCGGCAAGCAGCAAACAUGUUUUCGUCUGUAAGGUGUUAUUCUUGGAUGGCACAGACAAAGUUUACGAGGUUAAAAAAAACGCCAAUGCGGAGGAGUUGUACAACCAAGUUUUUUAUACGCUAGAUAUCGUGGAGAAAGAUUACUUCGGCCUCAGUUACAAAGAUCACCAAUCAGUCCUUAAUUGGCUGGACCCAACAAAGAAAUUAAAGAAACAGUUAAAAGCUGGCCCUCCUUAUGUGCUGAAAUUCCAAGUGAAGUUCUACUCUUCAGAACCCAACAACCUACAUGAAGAACUCACAAAGUAUUUAUUUUUCCUGCAAUUGAAGCAAGAUAUCUUGUCAGGGAAGCUGGAACCACCAGUCACCACGGCAAUAGAACUUGCUGCUCUGAGCCUCCAGUCUGAGCUGGGUGAUUACGAUGAGUUAGACCACACUCCAGAGAUGGUGUCAGAGUUCAGAUUUGUCCCCUACCAGACUGAAGACAUCGAGGUGGAAGUUGUGGAGAAAUUCAAAGAAAUGAAGGGUCAGUCACCAGCUCAAGCGGAGAUCAACUACUUGAAUAAAGCAAAGUGGCUGGAAAUGUAUGGUGUAGACAUGCAUCAUGUUAUGGGAAAAGACAGCCAGUCUUACUCGCUUGGCCUAACCCCAACAGGAAUCCUAGUCUUUGAAGGCAGUCAGAAGAUCGGCCUCUUCUUCUGGCCCAAGGUCACCAAGCUCAACUUCAAGGGGAAGAAACUCCAUCUAGCUGUCGUGGAAGAUGAUGAACAAGGCCAAGAGCAACAGCACAACUUUGUUUUCCGUUUGGAGACCAACAAGUGUUGCAAGCACCUCUGGAAAUGUGCCGUGGAGCACCACGCCUUCUUUAGACUACGAGGGCCGGUCAGACAUCGAGACGAGAGACAAGGGUUCAUACGCAUGGGGUCAAGGUUCAGAUACAGUGGCAGGACAGAAUUCCAAUCUGCUAAGACAAACCGGUCCCGACGAUCGAUGAUGAUCGAGAGAAGACCAAGCCAAAGAUUCUCUCGCCGCCCUUCGUAUGCCCAGAAAAGAGCAACUCAUCUGCAGCAAAGUGCAGCCCAUGCAGCGGCCCAUGCAGCCUCCAUGCAGAGCCAUGGGCAUGAUAUAAGCAAUACCAGCACGCUCCCAAGCCAUGCUGUCAUGCCACAGAGCUUGAUGGUCAACGUUGACGUCACCCCAGUCGGACCCAACCGUACCAUGGCCGGCAGCACCUCCAGCCAAGUCAAUGUGAUGCAGAGUCAAGUCACACCAAUGACUGACCCAAAUGACUCCAUGAACCUAGUGGAGACUAACGUGGAUACGGGGGCUACGGCGGAGAUGGUACCGCACAGCGCGAGACGGGAUAUGAUUGGGGUAACGCUUAGCAUGGAUGAUGAUAUGGACGAUCCCAUGCAGUCUGGACUGAGUAAGGCGGAGCUAGCCCAAGCUAAGCUGAAGGGUCUAGAACACGAGCCCUGUGCCAUCCAGCCCAAUGCCAGAGUUCGUCCAAACAUCAUCACCACCCCGAUGGGGGCCACCGUGGUCAACUCAAACCUCAUCAAGCAGAACAAUAACCAGACCACCAAGAUGCUGGUCGGGGGACAACUCACAGCAGACCAGAUCAAGUUUAACCCGCUGAAGGCUGCACUGGAUGAACGCAAUCAGACCCCGGUGGGUGAAACAGAGAAGAUCUCAGAUUUGAAGUACAAGCUGCUCCAGCCAGAGUCUGCUAAAAACAUUCUGAUGGUUGAGAUGGAUGAUGGACAGUUUCGACGCCACAACUCUCUACCCCCACACAGCCGGGUGGAUACCCCACAACGCCCAGCCAGCAAAAGCUUCUCUAGCAUGCAGAAUGUGGUAAGAAAGUCCAAAGUCAGUGGUGUGUACAGUGGAAAAGAUGGACAGUCAGCCAGCCUAGACAAUGGCCCCUUCCCCAAUGGCCAAAUCAGCGAUGACCCCAUGGACGACCCCAUGAUGGACCCCUUAACUCCCCCUCCCCCUAAGUCUGCUGACGCCAUGAUGAGAACCAACCAGCUGAUGGUGAAUGGAGAUGGGAGACUGAGGAGCAUCAGCAACCCUGAUCAACAACAAAAUGGUGUCAGUCCGAACAUGCUACAGCCAUUGCAAGAAGUUGACAUCCCUCCCCAGCACAACGCAACCGAUGAACAGAAAAUAGACAAUAUCACCGCCGCUGCGGUGCUUGAGAGCAGCCAGGCUGGCAACGAGCCAACAACCGAGGGUGCUGCGGCAUUGUCCCUCGUAGACAAGCAGUCCCCCGGCGGCGCGGUGUUCUCUUUUGUUGGCUCGCCUGCCAACGAGGGUGCUAUUCAGGUCACCGUAGGGAGUACACCUAUUGAGUCUAACCCUGAAGACGUAGAUAAAAGCAUGGCCACUUCUACCACUCCCUCCCUUUCCAACAUCGGGAGAGUUUCAUCGGUAACCAGCUCCGGUUCAGCUGCCAGUAAACUAGAAGCCUUAGAAUCAGUGCCUAAGCCAACCACUUCAUCCAGUAACCUCCGUAAGAUCCAGAGUCUGCGUCACAAACCACCAACGAGCAAUGGCGUCGGCAACAGCGCCCCCAGUGUCUCUUUGUCCAACAGUAUGAACUCGGGUCAGAUGGCGGGAUCCUGGGCAGCUUCUGACCCCUACCAAGAGGUCAACUUGUCUGCCUCGGGCGGGUCGGGCAAAAAAUGUACUCUUACAACAGAACUGUGAUUCAUUGGAACAGUGUAUCUUCUCGCUUGUGAUUCUGGUUUGGAAUCAGGCUCCAAACUCUAACAAUACAUCUUCUCUCCGUACCACAGUUGGAACAGUGACUCAAAUUUGACAUAAUUUUUAAACUCCUGAAGCAGUCUUCACAGGAAGGAUGUGCAGGUAAUCUUGAUAUUUUAUCGGGUGAGGUUUGCGCAGCACCAUGUCUAAAUCUCUUUUGAGUAGUGUUGGUUCUGAAAAGAACCCCUGGUUGACAACUCAACGUUUCCAUCAGUAUGCCCUAUUGUCACAGUGGUUUACAAUUGUUGGCUACCGGACGAUAGUGAUCUUUGAGAUGAGUAGGACAUGCACAACAACACUAGCAACAGAAACUAGCGCUGACAUUAGCCUUGGACACUCACCAUGUAUCUUCUCAAGUCAACCUGAUGUACAACAUCAAAUUGCCAGACUAGAAACCGGCAUCGACCAAUAUAUUGAUGAACCAUAGCCUGGAACACCCACUGUGUAACUUUCCAUGUACAAAUGUUGCAUAUGUUUAAAUUGCCAAGCUAGAAAAGUUAUAAAGCAUUGGACAGGAAACUUUUGUGAACUUUGUAUGCCCUUUGUGUAUCUUUUUCAAAUUAAAAGUGAUGCAUAACUUCAAAUUGCCACGCUAAAAUAAACAUCGACAUUUGAACAGCAGCUUAUAGUGACAUUAGAUUUAACAGUUCUUAAAAAAAAAAACAAUCCGUAAUUUUUGUUACUCAUUCAAGCCUCAUAAUUUAAUUAAUUGUGUACAUUUUUAAUAAUUAAUUUUUUGUAUUCCAUGUAACUAAAAAGAUGUAAAUUCGUAAUUUGAUAUACCUGUGAUUAGUUGAAAUACAUUAUUCAUCAGUAAUUCAACGUUGUUUUCUCAUUUGUAGGUACAUCCCUAUGUAAUCUGUGCAGGUACAUUAAUUUAAUAAUUCUUUUUCACAAAUGCAUAGUUUGUGUUAGUUAUAAUAAUAAUGAUAAUACUGGAGUUAAACAAAGACCGGGGGUUAGACUGCAGGACUUGCAAUCACAAGGUUGAGGGUUCGAAUCCUACCAAGCUAACCGCUGAUUUCACAAUGACUAGAAUAAGUACUGUUUUCUAGUUACUCUGUCACAACUUCAGGAACUGGCAUUUUAUAACUGUAGCAUAGCGCCCUCUCUGGACUUGUUGUCAUACAGGUUUAUUAUUCAAAGGUUAAAGCUCAGAGCUGAAUAAAGGAUCCAUCUUGAUUCACGUUGCAACUCAAACAAUUAUGUUUUAUAGCUUCCAUAUUUCUCUACCUUUGUUUCGAAAUAUAAUAUUUCGAAACAAAGGUUGUCUACCUUUGUUUCGAAAUAUAAUAUUUCGAAACAAAGGUAGAGAAAUAUGGAAGCUAUAAAACAUAGUUGUUUGAGUUGCAACGUGAAUCAAGAUGGAUCCUUGUUCUUUAUUCAGCUCUGAGCUUUAACCUUUGAAUAAUAAACCUGUAUGACAACAAGUCAAUGCUACAAUAACCAUCAAAGCUAAACCAAUGUUUGUAUGAGAGAUACUGGCUGUGGCCAGCUUUGUGGCGGGCGAUCAAAAAACAAUAUUCGAAAAAGGACUUUUAUAAUUUGUGAAUUAUGACACCAGUAGGAGUUGAAACUUUGCAUGGUGGAAAUACGAUAUAGAAAGGUUUGCGGUAACAACACCAUGUAAUGACUAUCUCUAAU